AUGGCCGCCGUCUCGGGUAGUAGCGGUGCGAUGCUGAAGGCGAAGGCGACGAAGCGGUGGGGCGCGCUCAAGGCGGAACUGACGAGAGACAGGCUGCCGAAGCGUAUAUUCAAGUGUGUUCUUGCGACAACUCUGACUGUUAUCAUCACGCUCCUGCCAAACAUUCGACAUGUAUACGGCCCCGCCGCCUACCUCGCCUCCAUAACGACUGUGUUUGUCUUCGGACACCCCGGCCGCCGCCUCGGAUCCAUGGUAGAAGCCCUAAUCCUCUCCGCCGUCGGCGCGAUCAUCGGCGUCGCCUGGACCACGCUCGCAACCUACCUGGGCUCCCUCGUGCAUGCCUCGAACCCGCAGGCAAUGAUGUCCAUCCGCGCAGUGUUUGUAGUGAUAGCGCUCUUCGUGCACGGCUAUAUACGGAGCUCGACGCCGCGACUGUAUCUGCUAGUGCUGCUCAUGAUAUUCCCGGUGCUGAUCGGACUGACCUCACCCUCAUUCGAAGUAUCGCCAAUGUUCCCCAAACAAUUCCUGUACCCAAUCCUCACGGCCGUCGCCAUCGUCCUCCUAGUCAGUGUCCUCGUCUUCCCAGAGUUUGGCAGCACCUACCUUGGCCUCACCACCAUCCAGACCCUACAGUCCACCAUCAAAGUCCAGCGCUCUGCCAACGCCCUCUUUGUCGCCUACGCUUCCGCCACUGGCGACGACAAGCUUCUCCGCGAGCUCACGGCCUCAAAGGCCGACCUUCGCCGGCAGGUUGCCGGCUGCAAGGGCGCACUGACAGAGUGUAGUUUUGAACUUGCCUUCUCUGUGCUAGCGCCGUGGGAGCUACGGCCGAUUGCGAGCCGCGGCAUCAAGCGCCUGGUGGCAAACACUGUGAGUCUUGUUGGUGCGUGCGAGAGCGAGUAUGCGCUUCUUGGGCGGGAGCAAGGCCCCGACACAGAGAAGAAAGAGAAAGACGAGAUCGAUAAGCUGCGGCCUAAGCGCGAGAUUGAGGGCGGCGAUGAGCGACUACUACGCUACCUCCUACGGCGAGUCGAGCAACCGCUGAAUGGCCUCCAGGAGGUGAUAGACCGCUCUAUUGAUAUAGUUAACACAUGUGUUGCUUACACGUACGACGUGCCCACACUCCCCUCUCACAAGCAGGGCGGGACGCCGCGGCGCCCGCACGGCGUCCUGCUGGAGGAGCUGGAUAUAUAUAUUGACACCCUUUCAUCCGCGAUCUCACGCUUUGGGCAGCUGACUACUGAUGCUCUUGAGGGCGCCGCGGUGUUGACAGAGCCUGUGGCGGAUGCGGAGGGGGACGUAGACGUGAUGCCACGUGAUGAGGUCUUUCUGAUCUCGUCGUUCAUGCUGAACCUGCGGCAGGCAGCCAGCCAUACGCUGGACAUGCUGGUGUGCAGUCGCGAGCUGGUCGAGAAGCGGCUAGAGCGCCGAGAGCGCCGGCGCCUCUGGUUUCCCAAGAUUAGGUUUCGCAAGUGGUUGUUCUCUGGGCGUGAGGAGGCGGACCGGAUGCCGUCUGUGAACAGGGCUGCGUUUGCCGUAGAUGGCGCGGACGGCGAGGAGUCUGAUUAUAGUUCGAGUCGGGAGACGCUGACGCGGGAGCGUCGACGGCGCGAAAAGAAGGCUAAGAAGGUGCGGGAGAAGCUGGCUGACUGGCUGGAGUGGAUGGCCGCUAGCGACGACGUGCUGUAUGCGUUUAAGCUAACAUUGGGUGUAACGAUUUGUGCGUGGCCGGCGUUUGUCGGGAGCUGGGCGGAGUGGUUCUAUCUGAACCGUGGGGUAUGGGUGGCGUUGAUCUUUAUUCUCGUUUUUGAGAAUGCAGUGGGGUCAACAAUAUGGAUUUUUGCGCUCCGGGCGGUGGGGACCGUGAUUGGGAGUACGUGGGGCUUUGCGGCGUAUAAAUCCCGUGGAGGAAAUGCGGUCGUGAUUGCGGUGAUGAUUAUGAUUGGUUCAAUACCCAGCUAUUAUGUCCAGCUGGGGACAAAGUAUAUGAAGGCGGGUAUGGUUUGUACGAUUAGUAUGUGUGUGGUUGCAGUGAGCACGCAUUUGCAGACUGUGCCCGGUAGCUCGGAGGAGAACUUUUACAAGAGGACGGUGACUAUGCUGAUAGGCGGGUGUGUGGCCACCUUAGUGCAGAUGAUCAUUCUGCCCGCAAAGGCACGGGUGAGGUUGAAGGAGAGUUUGGCUUCCGCCAUCGUCCAGAUCAAUAAAAUGGAGUCGUGUAUUGCUUAUGGCGUGGACGAGAUCCGAAACAUCACCAGCUCGCCGCGGGUUUUCAAGAAGUUUGAGCGGGCGCGGAAGAAGGCCGAAGCAUCGUUAGCAAGCGCAGAGACGUUUCUGACCUACACCCGACAGGAGCCCCGCCUCAAGGGCAGCUUCGAGAUGCAAGAAGUCGUCUAUAAAGAGAUCAUCUUUGUUCUCCGGCAGAUAGUCGACCGUAUGGAAAACUUGGUUCAAAUGCGCAAAGCCUACGGCUCGGCCAUCCUCGAACAGUACAACGCGCGCGUCUACAACUACCGCCGCAACGUCGCCGCCUCCAUCACUUUAAUGCUCUUCGCCUGCCAUGAAGCCCUAAUCACCAAGCUCCCACUCCCACAGUUUCUCCCCUCGGCGCGUAUCGCGCAUCUACGCAUGGUAGUGCGCGUCCGCCAACUGCUCAUGGAGGAGGAGGACGAGCAAUCGCAUGAGGGUGUUCACCCGGCAUCGCUCGCAAAGCGGCGGGCUCUGCGGCUAAAGUUCUUGUCGUGGAACGCGGCCACGGCAGCGCUCGAGGAGUGCAUUGAGUAUGUGGAGGAGCUGGUGGACCUGCUGAAGAUGCUGGUGGGUGCGAAUGAGUUUAGGUCAGGGCUAUUAAAUAGGCCGACGUAUCGUGAUUAUGUGCAGCGCAUUAGGGAGAUCCGCACUAGAGGUCCUAAUAAGGGCGAGGAGGAUGGAAGGACCGUGACGACGGGGAACUCAUUGGGGAGGUUGACGAGUAGGAUCAUGGGCAGCGGUAUGGAGGAUCAAGCGGAGGCGGAGGAUAUUCCAAAUCCUUUGCAGAGGAUUCAGAGUAGAAAGGCGGCGGGGGCCAAACUAGGGAAGGUGAAAAGCGAUGUUGUUGGCGGCGGUAGUGGCGGUCGUCGUGGGUCUUCAAAAGAGGAGUGA